GGACGAGGCGGAUCAGGUGAGAGGCCCCCUCCAUAGUCUCGGCGCCUCCAACCUCGCUUCUCCCUUAACGGCCGAGGGGGGCUCCGGCGCCGCAGAGCAGCAGGAGGGGAGGAGUUGAAAGACCUCGAGGGGUGAGCUUUAACUUGUGGGGCGGGAGGCGGAGAGGCGAGGGCGCCGCUGAACCAGCCGCGGGGGGUGUUUGCCCGGCGUCCGGAGGAGGGCUUGGAGUCUCUCCGGCUCCCUUCCCACACCUGCCCGUCCAAGAAGCGGCGCGAUCUUUGCUGCCUGCCCCGCCCCUCUGCGGUUCCCCCGAGGAGUCCCCUCCCCCGACCCGCUCAGGGGCUGCUGCUGCUGCGGCGAGUCGCGGCUCUGAUAAAAGUUUUUGAGAGAAAUCGAGCUUCACAAUCGACGGCGAGUGCGCGGGGGGGAGCAGAGCGAAGCUUGCCGGCUCUUUGCCUCACGAUGCGCCUCAGAGGCGCCGAGAACCGACGCCAGCCCGGACACUUGAUAAAACAGCAGUAGGACAUCUUGUAGGAUACCAACAGCUCCAGGAGCAUCCCUAUGCAGUUCUGCAGCCCUCCAGAGGGAUGUCCCAGUCACACCUUCUCGGAAUCCUACUUGCACUGGUGCUCUGCCUUCAGGGAGCUUCUGCCCAGGUUAUGGAAUAUGUAUAUGAAUAUGUAUAUGAAAGUUGGAAGGCCUACAGUGAAGAAUGUCAUCGCAAUAUGAGCCUUUGGCCACCAUCUACUGACUUGGUUUGUAACCGAACCUUUGAUAAGUAUUCAUGCUGGCCUGAUGCACAACUCAACAGCACUGUCAACGUUUCCUGCCCCUGGUACCUGCCCUGGUAUGAUCAAGUGAAGCAUGGCUAUGUAUUCAAGAAAUGUGGUCCAGAUGGACAGUGGGUGACUGGUCCUGGAGGGAAGUCACUGCGCAAUGCUGAUCAAUGUAUGAUAGACAACAAGAAAGACCAGGAGUGGUUUGAUAGAAUCUACGGAAGCUUCAGAGUGAUGUACACGGUGGGCUACUCAGUGUCCCUCUGCGCUCUGCUUCUGGCCUUGGCUGUGUUGCUAGGCUUCAGCAAGCUGCACUGCAUGCGCAACUACAUCCACAUGAACCUCUUCGCCUCCUUCAUCCUGAAGGGUGUCUCAGUGCUCACCAUCGACACGCUGCUCCACACUCGCUACAGUGAGAAGGUUGAUGACUACAACGUGAGCCUUUGGCAGAGUGACAAGGUAGCAGCAGGGUGCCAGGCAGCCACAGUGUUUAUGCAGUAUGGUAUUGUGGCCAACUAUUGCUGGCUGCUCGUCGAGGGGAUUUAUCUGUACAACUUGCUGGUGUUGACUGUCUUCUCUGAACGCAGCUAUUUCACCCUCUAUCUCUGCAUUGGCUGGGGAGCCCCAAUCCUCUUCAUUGUGCCAUGGGUGGUGGUCAAAUAUCUUUACGAAAAUAUUCAUUGUUGGAGUACCAAUAAUAAUAUGGGCUUCUGGUGGAUCCUGCGUUUCCCUGUAUUCUUAGCCAUUUUGAUUAAUUUCUUCAUUUUCAUCCGUAUAAUUCAGAUCUUGGUCUCUAAGCUCCGUGCCCACCAGAUGCGAUACACAGACUACAAGUUUCGGCUGGCGAAAUCAACCCUGACUCUGAUUCCUUUGCUGGGCAUCCAUGAGAUGGUUUUUGCCUUUGUUAUUGAUGAGCAAGCCCAGGGCACUCUGCGCUUUGUCAAGCUGUUCUUUGACCUCUUUCUUGGCUCUUUUCAGGGAAUGCUUGUGGCCAUUCUCUACUGCUUUGUGAACAAAGAGGUACAGUCAGAACUCACCAAAAAAUGGUCACGCUGGAAACUUGGUCGGGACAUAGAAGAAGAGUAUAAACACACAUACAGCAACACCCCCAAUGCCCGUAACGGGAGGAGCAGCAGCACCUGCGAGAAGCACAGACUGGUUGGCAAAUACGUCAAUGGUCUCAGCUGCAGCCAAGGAACUAUACAUACUAGCACGCAGUAUUUGGAGAGGACCCGCUGCAGCAUCAGUGAAAAUCCAGUUGUGCAUGAACUACCUCCUUGCUAUGAAUUUCCUGACAUGAGGGGAGAGAGCAACAUCUAAAGUAGUUGCCUCCAGCAAAUUGGGCCCAUUGAUUCUUUUCUCAUCAGACAGCCAUAUUGCAACGCAAGGAUGACACAGCUGAGAGUCCAGGAGACACUGUGUGGGACGUGUGAUUGGAAACUGACCAAUGGACUGAAAUCUCAGUGUCUGGUUGUGUCCUCUCUGAGAUAGGGAGGCAUAUCCUGAUGAGACUCCUGUCCUCCUUGUCUGCAUUCAUAGUAUUCCAUGGAUUAACUCCAUUGUAGGUGAGCGGAAAGGAACAAGUCAGGGAUAGCCCAGGUAUGGGUCUGGGAGAGUUAUAGGCUAAAGGUUGGAGAUGACAUUAAGUGGAUUUUGGAUGGAAAGAGAAUCUGUACAGUAGCUAGGACAUCUGAAAUUCUACAGUUUAGACAUUGCACCUUGAUUGGUGCUGAUCAAACUGAGAAUCUCAGAAACCUUUCUAGCUCUGUUUUUAUAAAGAACAAGCUGAAAAUGCAUCAGCAGUAUUUGCUAAAAGAUAAACAAAUGGAGCAGAAGGGGCUGUGCAAUUUUUUAAAAAUUAGUCAUAAGGGAGUGUAUUCAGAAUUACUGCCUAUUCCCUAACAUGCUAUAUCCUGAUGGAAAAUUCUGCCAAAAAGGUCUUGGAAACCAAGUCAUCAGCAAAGCAUGCAAAGUUAUAUAAUUGUUCAGUAUAGCUAAAUAUUUUAUUUCCAAGUUUAGUUAUUGCAGAAUUUGGGUUUGAGCACAAGAGCUCCAAAGUCCUUCUUGAAAAUCUUUUUGCCUCUGGAGUGGUAGCGCCUUAGGAAUAAGGACCAUGCUUCUUGAAAAAGAUAUGGUAUUCAACAGAGGUGGUCUCCAUCUGUAGAAUUAGGGGCAUAAUUUGUCCUCCUGAGCAUCUGGGUGAUUUCAGGAAGUCACUUAGUAACGCUGUAAUGGCCCUCUUAACUGGAGGUUAGAAAUGAGAAUUAGAGGAUUCUGGGCAGCAAAAUGCUGUUAUCCUACACUUAACCACAACCACAAUCCAAAACAGCCUGAACAUAAAUUUGGCCAUUUUGCUGUCAGCUGCUCACUUGGGUUAUCAGAUAAUUUGCACAUUGUUUUGUGGUAGGUGACAGUGUGGUACCCAAAGUGUUGCCUGUGAUCUUAAGUAGGCAGCAUCUGAAGAUAUUAUUGACCAUCUUUAUGGCUGUGCCAUUACAUCUGUGCUGUGGAAACACUUAUUCCAUUUGUUCCCAGGAUGACUCUGCCCUGAAUGAUUCUGUAAAUUGAUUUUUUGCUGAGGGCUGCCUCCGUGUCUGUGAUGUCAGUGCCAAUGUUCCGGAGAUCAAACCCUCAAUAAACGGUGUUAUGUGUCUUGGCAACUUGGACAGUUUCUCCUGAUGCACAUCACAGCUCAUCUUACUUAAGGACUGGGCUACACAACAGUUACUAACAUGGACAGGAACAGCUGUCCUGCACUGGUCACAUUAACCUUCAUAGGAAAGUUAUGUGACAGGUUUAAAUUAGAACCAUUGCAACAGACAGGUAAUUAUUGCCCUCUAUGAUUAUGCAAUGGCUCCUUCAAAGCCUAAGAUUCUGUCUCCCCAGAAUAGGCAUGGAAGAAUUCCUCUGGCAUUUCCAGGGGCAUUGAAACAUUUUGAUCCAGACAACCCUAAGAAAAAGCACACAGAUUCUUGAAGUUAGUCAUGGAGCAAUGCAUCAUAGUCUGCCUGUUUAUUUUUAAAAUUGGUAUGUGCACAAAAAAAAAUGUUGCUUCUGAUCAUGAACAGCCACAGAAUAACUUCAUGCAUGCCCAUCCUUAUGAUCCCUUAAAAAUCCUUCGAUUGUAACACAAUAUGAAUAAAACAGAAAUUUCUGUAGUUGAGCUGCCACAACUCACCAGACUAUUUAAUGACUUUGUGUUUGGGGGCAAACCAGCUCAGGUUGUUAGUUUAAGGUUCAGUGUGUUGUGUUAAUCUUCAGAAUUGGGAUAAUUUCAUAAAUUGUAACUAACUUGACCACGGCUGCAUGUGUUGUAUGAAUUCAAGACUUCAAAUGUGACCUCAAAUUUUCCAUCACCUACUUCCAAUGAUUCUCACCUGCGUUUUUUCCUGUAUUCCCCUGACCCAAAUUUUCCUGCCAUGGAUGUACCAAAGAGUUUCCUGUCAUAGACUUGCUGCUCAUUCUUAGAAAAAUCUCUGUUGCUAGUAACUAGUUUCAGCAAUCUCCAUUACAGACAUUAUUAAAUCCACGUUAGCAGAAAUAUCGUUUUCAUACAGGGGAAGGCUUCCAGUCAUUAGUAUGUGAGACUUCCAGUAAUAGAAGCAGUAGGACUUGUGAUGCUCAUUGCUGGAGGACAUGAAUGGGAAAUGCCAGUGUGCUAAUGUUCCAUUUGCAGAAUCCCAAUUGCAUCUGAUAGGAACAUUGAACUAAAUAGGACUUUUGGUCUGGUGUGUCGUAUCUCUUCUUACCUACAAGUCUUCUCACAGCAGUGGAAGAAAAUAGGAAAAAUGAGGGAAGUAUUGGAGCAAAAAGGAAAAGGUGAAUCACAUCUACAUACAUGGAGUUAUCCUGGAAAGGAACAGCUGCGUUUCAUUCCAAGCCAUACAUGUACUGUCUGACUUCGGCAAAAUAAUUCUCAUCCAAUGACUGCUUUAGGAAUCCAACAGUUUUAAUACUUGAACCAGGAGGAAAAGCUUAUCUAGUAAAUGCACCAGUUUUGUAGAGGCCAUUGUGCUGUUAUGUAAGUAUAACCCAAUCAUGCCAAAAAUGCUCAGAGUAGGAUCUUCAAUCUAAAGUAUUAGACAAUCAUAUAGGUUGGUUGGUCCAGACUGCACUUGUCCAUGUGUGAAACGGUCAAGCCUGGCUGAGUUCCCAAUAGUUUCGUUGUGAAUCCUUUACCUGCUUGGUCCCCACUCCAUAAGUAAACUUCCCCCAACUUCCCAGAUGUGCUACCUACAAUUCCCAUUAUCUCUAGCAAGCACAAUCAAUCCCCAUGACAGCUGGAACUUUAUGAGAGUUGCAAAUCCAGUCUAGUUUGAAGUUACCAGAUUGGAGGAAAUUGCCUCAAAGAAAAUAUUAGCAGGCUGAGGGAAGAGAAGUGAAAUAGAAGUAGCUGAAGGUCAUCUCCGAUUUUCUCUGUAAGUUCGUGACAGGUCAUUAGUUUGAUUUCAUUUGAUUUCAGCUUCUACCUCAAUACGUAGCCAGAGGCUAUUGUUUUGAGUUCAGCAUUGCUUCUUGAAUAAACUACUGUUAAGGUGAAGGGCUAAAAUAAAUUCUGAGGCUACAUUUUCAGCUGUGACCUUUCUGCCUAGUAAUGCCUCUUCUAACAAUGUGGUUUUUUUUCAACUAUGCAAGAGAUGGAGACUACAAGUCUAGAGACUCAAAGGGAAAGUUGAAUGCAAAAUGAGGAGGAAGGAAAAAACAACAACACAGGGCUGUUUACCAGGAAGUUAUUGUUUCUCUACCUGCUAACACCCUACAAGGUCAAGGGCAAUGGAACGUAAGCUCAGAGGCCACAGCAGCCUUUGAUAAGUACAGUCAGAGCCCCUAUCUAUUCCUCUCCCCAAGGGAGCUGCUGCCUUUACCAGACACCUGGGGGCAGCCCAAGAUAAUGAGCCUAAUUGAAGCAAAUUGCUGGAACACAAAGGCACUUUAUGAGAAGGUAAAUAUGGCUGACAAUCCAUGCAUAUGACGUGUGUGUCUUUCUAACACUUACAGAUAUCUCACUUAUUUUUACAACCCGAUAGCAAAACACACAAGUGCACCUGUCCUCUGAAAGAGAUUUUGCUCUUCUCACGACCCUAGUAUUCUAUUCCAUUUACUCUGUUCCCCCCUCAAAUCCUCCCAUCAAACUAAAAUAACCCUUAAUUUCAGCCUUCAUUCUUUACUAGUUAUGGGUCUAUAUGUCUUUGGAAAAUUAACAUUCCUCAUGUCAGUGGCCUUAAGGAACAUGAUGAUGCUUAGAAUCAGUAUGUGUCAAAAAUAAUAGCUGUUCUUGCCUAAUGUUCUGGCUCUAUUCAACUUACAUUGAUGAAUCAUUAAGUUUAAUGAAGAAGGUAGAUUUUAAAAAACACAGAUGCUUGGAAUCAUUUGAUUUUCCAUAUGAUUAUUUUUAAAAAAAACAUGUUUUGUGAUCAUAUAAACAUAAGACAUGAAAUUUACCUGCCUUGUCUAAUCCAUCUGCCCUCCUUCCAUGAGUUAUGCCAUUGUCACAAAUCCAGUCAUUUUUGUAAUUCAAACCACUAAAGAUUGCUACUGCUAGUGCAGA